UGGAUCGCAAAGAAAAGCAGCAACCCACGCCAGCAGUGUUCGCCGUCACUGCCUACUCGCUCUCUCUCUCUCUCUCUCUCGCUUUUGUCUUUUACUCCCUACUUUUGUUGUCUAUCGCUGAAAUCUGAAGAUUCGGUCGAAACUUAGCAGCUAAGACUGGCGGAGACGGCGGCCCCCGGGCGAGGUCCUCGUCGAGCACGACUUGAAGCUUGAUGUUUCAUGGUGUUAUUUAUCCAAGUGAAUGACAUGAAUUCAAGGGUCAUCUUGUGGGUUGGUCUGCUCGUGAUUUUUGUUUUGUCACGUUGCUACUCAUUCACUGAUGAGCGAGAUGUUACUGCUAUAAAUAGCUUCUAUGUUGCACUGGGUUCGCCUCCUCUUCCUGGCUGGAUUGCUAAUGGAGGAGAUCCCUGCACAGAGAACUGGCAAGGUGUUCGAUGUGUUAACUCAAAUAUAACUGAAAUAAUUAUCAAUGCUGCAAAUCUUGGAGGACAACUGGGUGAUGGAUUAGGCAAAUUUUCGUCAAUAAUUUCAAUAGAUCUGAGUAACAACAACAUUGGUGGAGGCAUACCAGAAAAUCUUCCUCUUACCCUGCGUACAUUUUUUCUUUCAGCUAAUCAAUUCACAGGCAGCAUCCCAAGUUCUUUAUCGCAGUUAACGCUUCUGACAGACAUGUCAAUUAAUAACAAUCAAUUGAGUGGUGAUCUGCCAGAUGUCUUUAGCUCCCAAACUGGUCUAAUAAACUUGGAUCUUUCUUUCAAUAAUUUCAGUGGCCCAUUACCAGCUUCAAUGGGAAACUUGUCAUCUUUGACUACCUUUCAUGUGCAGAAUAAUCAGCUCUCUGGCUUAUUAAAUGUGUUGGAAGAUCUUCCUCUCAUCAAUUUGAACAUAGAGAAUAAUCUAUUUGCAGGACCUGUCCCAGAGAAGCUGUUCAACAUUCCAAAUUUCAAAAAAGAUGGAAACCCCUUUACUACCUCUAUUGCACCAUCAAUGGCUCCGCCUCAAUCUGCAUCACCACCUGCUCGUUCAGGAAUCCCAGUCCCUGAUACCAAACAUACAAACUCUUCGAAUGAACCAUCAAGUCAAGAAAACCCUGACAGUGGGAACAAUGGAAAAAUGUCAACUUUGAAACUUGUUGCAUAUGUUGUUGUUUCUUUGAUUCUAGCUAUUGUCAUUAUCUUGCUGGUCAUCUUUUGUAUAUCAAAAUACCAAGAGAGGAAGGCAGACCAUGAUCAAUUGGUGAAAAGCCAGACCGAAAUCCCAGGAAGAAGGUUCAAUGAGCCUAGAAGUGAAGAACAUUCUGCAAAGACAAACAAUGUAGUGACUGAAUUUGCCAAGGUGAAUCACAAUGAUGAAGCGAAGGAACUUGGAUCUAAUGCAAUGAUUGCAGCAGUGUCUAAGAACUCUGAAAAGGAGAAUGAGCACAAAGUUGAUGUGAGAGAGACUGAUCUAAUUAUGCCCCCACCUCCGCCUCCGCCUCCGCCGCCGCCGCCUCCGCCUCUUGUGGAAAAAUUUGUUGUGAAGCCAAUUGCUCCCAGUAGACACGCUAGCAUUUCGCAAACAAACACUCCCCCAACAUCUGCUACAUCAUUUUCUGUUGCUGAACUUCAACAAUACACGAAUUAUUUUAAUGAAGAAAAUUUGGUCAGAGAUAGUAUGUUGGGCAAGGUAUACCUUGCAGAGAUUUCUGGCAGAAAGCUUGAAGUCCUGAAGCUUGACAACGUGAACUCAAGAAUGCCAGUUGAUGACUUUUUAGAACUGGUUCUAACCAUCUCUGAACUCAGGCAUCCUAACAUUGUUGAGCUGGUUGGGUACUGUGCCGAGUUUGAUCAGCGUCUGCUUGUCUACAAGCACUUUAGUAAGAAGACAUUAGAUUAUGUGAUUCAUGUUGGAGAUGAUCUCAAUGGUAAACUAUCAUGGGUUGCCCGCCUUGAGGUAGCCCUAGGGGCAGCAAGGGCCUUAGAGUAUCUUCAUAAGGGUUGCCAACCACCACUCGUGCACCAAAAUUUUGAACUUGCCAAUAUUCUCAUUAAUGAUAAGCUUGUUGUCCGUGUUACAGAAUGUGGUUUGUCUUCAUUAACGUCAUCCAACUCGGUGACUCAGUUAUCAGGUCGAAUGCGUGCAUUGUACAGUUAUGAAGCCCCUGAGAUCAAUGAUGGUGGACAAUAUACUGAGAGGAGUGAUGUGUACAGUUUUGGUGUUGUCAUGCUAGAGCUUCUCACUGGACGCAAGCCAUAUGACAGCACACGUCCUCGUGCUGAACAACAUCUUGUGAGAUGGGCUAGUUCUCAGCUGUAUGACAUCAAUGCUUUAACAAGGAUGGUGGAUCCUUCAUUAGCUGGAAGGUAUUCUGAGAAAUCGCUGUCCUGCUUUGCUGACAUUAUAAGCCGCUGCAUUCAGCAAGAGCCAGAGUUCCGACCGGCCAUGUCUGAUGUUGUUCAGGAUCUCAUUCGCAUGAUCAAGGAUCUGAAGGGUGCAAGAAAUUGAGUGUCUAGUGUAAGAAGGGAAAAAUCUAUCACAAAAGCAAGGUGGAGCUGAUUGUUUGCUACGUUGACUGAACAUAAAUUAUUGCAAAUUUGCCCACCUGUGGAAUGGUUGGUGGCUCUGAGGGUCUGAUUGUAGACCCUCCUUUGGGACAUUUUCCUGAUGACCCGAGUACUAUCUCAAGUAGGAAUAAACAUCUCUUCUCUUGCGAUGUAAAGCAUUUCUCUUCAUUGAUCUAGCUAGAUAAAUUCUUGAACCCAAUGUAUACCAUGGUUUGUGGAGCUAGGAAUUCUGUUUAGCCUCGUUUUUCUUAAGUCAUACAUUUCAUCAAUGACACUUUCUAUUAUAUUCUUAAAUAAAUUUUAUUUUAAUAUAGCA